AUGUGUGCAACAGAAUAUUUAAAUUACGAGGACCAAAAAUUUAGUAAAUCCAGAGGUGUUGGCGUCUUUGGUGACACUGUUUCCCAAAUUGGAAUUCCAGCGGAUGUUUUACGUUUUUAUUUAAUUUAUAUGCGUCCAGAAGGGCAGGAUACAUCUUUUUGUUGGGAGGAUUUGGUUUUAAAGGUCAACUCCGAAUUAUUAGCCAACCUGGGCAAUUUUGUCCAUCGUGCACUUAGUUUUCUAUCUUCUUUUUUCUCUGGAAUACAACCCAACAUUGAACUAACCUCAGUCGAAGAUGAACUUUUUACUUUGAUUGAUCAGGAUUUAAAGGAAUUUAUUUCUGCUAUGGAAGAUGUUCGUAUGCGUGAUGCUCUCCAUCAAAUUCUAUCAGUAUCUAGGAGAGGAAACCAAUAUAUGCAAGUUGGACAGCCUUGGUUGUUAGUCAAAAGCGAUAAAAAGGAGGACAAACAACGUGCACAAACAAUAAUUGGUGUCUCCGCAAAUUUGUCACUUUUUCUUUCAAUAAUGCUUCAACCAUUUAUGCCAAAAACAAGUGCCAGCAUUCGUGAACAAUGCAAUAUUCCUUUACCAAUGGUUUUACCUGAACAUUUUACUUUGCUUCUCAAAACAGGACAUCAACAUAAUAAACCCUCACCUUUAUUUGCAAAAAUCGAACCAAGUAAAGUUGGAGAGUGGAAAGCAUUGUUUGGCGGUGAUCAAAAUUCUACAACUGUCAACGGAACUCUUGUCAACAAUAAAACAUCGCCCAAAAAGACUAAACAACAAAAUCAACAGAAAAAAUCAAAAAUGGCCUCAUCAGAUGCUGUUGAUUUGUCUUCUAUUGACAUAAAUAAAUUAUAUAAUGAAGUUUUGGCAAAAUUUCAAAAAGCAAAGGAAAUUUUUGUGGCAAAGGAGAUGACUCGAUUAGAUUCUGAGAACAAAGCUUUACGUGAACAAAUUGAAGAAUUUAAAAUUAAGCUGGGAUAUGUUGGACCUUUAUUUUCGCCUCCAAAAACUAGUAGUUCUGCACCAAUUAAAACGAUACCUAAAGAAAACUCAAAAUCUGAUGUUUUAAAACAACCUAGUCAGAUAACGACAUCGACUGUUGAUAAUGGAGAGAAUGUUGUUCAGAAACCAAAACAAGGGAAAAAGUCAGAGAAUAAGAAAGCUGCGGCUUCAAAUGUUGAUACUGCUGGAGGAGGUGAGAUUGAUGUUGGUCGAUUGGAUCUACGAGUCGGCAGAAUUCUAAAAGCAACGAAGCAUCCAGAUGCUGAUGCUCUUUAUGUAGAAGAAAUUGACCUUGGUGAAGAGAAGCCUAGGACGGUUGUUUCUGGUCUUGUUCGUUUUGUGCCUUUGGAAGAGAUGCAAAAUCGAUUAGUUGUUUGUCUAUGUAAUUUAAAGCCAGCAAAGAUGCGCGGUGUUGAAUCUCAGGCAAUGGUUAUGUGUGCAUCUACACCAGAAAAAGUUGAAAUUUUGGAGAUUGACUCAAGUUGUGAGCCAGGAGAUGUUGUUAUGUGUGAACCUUUUGCUCAUCGUCCUGAUUUGCCUUUUAUGAAUCCGAAGAAGAAAAUAUGGGAAGGAGUGGCGCCGGAUUUGUCCGUCUCUGAGAAUGGCGAAUGUGUUUAUAAAGGACAUCAAUUACGAGUGUUUCGAAAUGGUUCAUCACUCAAAGCAAGAACAUUGUCUAAUGUGCCAGUUAAAUGAUAUUGUUAAAUUU